AUAACCUCUAAUUAAAUCAUCUUUGUUGUUGUUUAUUUUUGAUAAUCUUUUGCUUGUUUCUUUGUUCAAAUUUUAAAUAAAACAACUAAGUAAUUAAUAUAACUAUAAUUAAUACAUUCCAGGUAAAAUUAUGGGUAUUAUUUUUGGUAAAAAAAAGCCAAUCAGUCGAGUUACGGCCCAGGACAAGGCCGUUUUGCAAUUGAAGCAACAAAGAGACAAACUAAAGCAGUAUCAAAAACGUAUUGCCCUUACUUUAGCUACAGAUAGAGAAUUGGCCAAGAAAUUAUUAGCUAAAGGACAAAAAGAUCGAGCUUUAUUAUUGCUAAAAAAAAAACGAUACCAGGAGCAACUUUUACUUAAAACCGAUAAUCAACUGGAAAAUCUAGAAACAUUAUCUCACGACAUUGAAUUUGCCCAAAUCGAGCUACAAGUAGUAGAGGGCCUUAAGCAAGGCAAUGAUGCUUUGAAACAAGUCAAUGCAGCUAUAAAUAUUGAAGACAUUGAAAGGAUUUUAGAUGAAACUAGAGAGGCCAAAGAAAAACAAGACGAAAUAUCCGAUUUACUUAGUGGCGGAUUGACUCAGGAAGAUGAAGAAGCUGUUGAAGACGAAUUAGCUGAAAUUAUAAAAGAACAAAUGCCAAAUGUACCAUCAACCGAAGUAGAUGUUGAAGAAGCAGAAAAGAGUCCUCACAAGACAAAAGAAAAAACCAAACAAAUCCCCAAAGAACCUGUGGCUUUAGAAGCUUAAGAUUAUUGUAUUUUUUGUGUAAAUAAAAUUUUAUUUGUUAUAAUAAAAAAAAAGGUGCUUAUGAUUUAUUAUUAGUAAAGGUUUGAUUAAUCAAUUAGAUCUAAUUCAGCCAAUUCUUCUGGAGUCAAUUCAGUUGAUUGAGUAGGCAUUUCAGACUUCAAAUUAUCACUUUUCAGUCCGUACUCUUCAAUAUCCAAGUCAUCAUCGUCUCUGUUAUAAGCACUGUCUCUGAUUUUUUUACCAUACC